AUGUCCUGGGAGAUGCAAUUCACUGAGGUAGAGAGCGCUGACCGACCGCAGGGCAAUGACCUUCUGCCAACUGUCACAAUGACGCCGAUCCAAGGACCGCACUAA